AGAAAACAAAUCAAAUGUAUAACAACUAGUUGGCACAAGUUUCUUUUGUAUUAUCACUUCAUGAAGCCGUACUGUUCAUCUGUUCUAAGCAGUUCGUGAGGAGAGCCUGUAAUCAAACAUGUCGCUUUGUAAAAAGGUGUUUCUUCUUUUUCUUUUAACAAGUGGAAGGAAUUGUGAAGAACCUCAUUGUUCUAAAUACGAUUUUGAGGAAAAAGUGCUAGAAAAAAUGGUGCGCAUGGAAUUUAAAAUGGAGAAUAUGAAAAGUGAAGUUGAGCUAUGUGUUAAACGAGUUGAAAGUAUCAAGAUGGAAGUGAGUGAUCAGAUGAAAACAAAUGAACAAGAGCUGGAAAAAGGUUUAGAGGCCAGUAUGAAAGAAGUCUCUGGUGUCACAGCGGAAGUUAAGACAAAGCUGAAUGAAUUUAAAGGUCUUACAGAUACUGUAACACUUACAGUUGCAUUUAAGGCAAGAUUAAAUGCGAUUGUGUCAGUGGAGAACAGUCAAGUCAUAGUGUUUCCAACAGUCCUCUUCAACGAAGCAGAUGCGUAUAACCUUGGUACCGGAAAGUUUACAGCACCAGUCAAUGGGUUGUACAUGUUCAGUUUAGCUUUCUGUGUUUACCCCCAAAAGAUCUUAAUUGUUGGUAUAAUGAUUGAAGGAACAAGAUAUACAACGUCAUUGUUCAGAGGUGAUGAUAGCUAUGGAUGUUCAUCUGCUGAUACAGUUGCGAUAGUGACCGCAGGACAGAAGAUAUGGGUCGAGGUUUUACCAGGCGGUAAUACUGGCACCAUUAUAAACCAGGAUGCUUAUCGUUGGAACACAUUCUCCGGGGCAUUGAUAAAUACGAUGUAA